CAUGCGUCGAACAUCGAUAAAGAAAUCUUCCCUCGUGAAAGGGUUUAAACGAUUCCAGUAGUUAAUGAUACUCUUAGAUUGUAAUAACACCAAUGGACGGUGAUGAAGCUGCGAAUCAUUGCACGAGUAUUUGUAAGAUUAGUUUGAAAAUUAUUGGAAUAUGGCCCGACGAAAAAUCAGAAGGAUUUUUAACAUUUUGCCGUGUUGUUAUUAUUUUUAUAUGUAUAACUUUUUUUAUAAUUUUAUCGCAAACAAUGAAAUUAAUUAUGAUUUGGGGAGACAUUGAAAUAAUGUCUGAAAUCCUUUGUAAAGUUGAGCUUCCAUCUAUAAUUAUUCUUCUCAUGAUUUAUGUCAUCCAGAAAAAUAAAUCAGAAUUACAGCCUAUUGUGGCAUCAAUAAAUGAAGAUUGGAAUAAUUCCAAGUCAAAAGAAGAAAGAAUGAUAAUGUUAAAAAUGUCAUAUUCAGCGAGAAAAAUAUCUUUAAUUUGUCUACUAUUGUCGCAGGGUACAUUUAAUUUUCAUACGGCCGGUGAAAUUUAUUAUAAUAUUAUUGAUAAAUCCAAUAUUUUUAAUGAUAAUUAUACUCGUCGCUUAUAUAUUCUUUCUCAUUUUCCUUAUGAAACAAAUUUUACACCAAUUUUUGAAAUAACAUGGUUUACGCAAUGUUUAACAACUUUUCUUGCAACUGUUACUUAUGCUGGGGUUCACGGAUUUUUUGGAAUUUUAAUAAUUCACUUAUGUGGACAAUUUGCCGUAUUAAAAUAUCGUUUGAUUAAUGUUGUUGACGAAAUUGUCAGUGGAAAUUGUAAGAAACAAUUUCAAGAUGAAUUUGCAAUAAUUGUUAAAAGACAUCAGCAAUUGAACAGAUUUGUCGUUAUAAUUGAGGACACAUUUAAUAUGUUACUUUUAGUUGAAAUUCUUAUUAGCACUAUUGAAUUUUGCCUGCAAGCAUUUCAACUUAGUCUCAUAAUUGGGAAAAGUAAAGCAGAAUUUCCUCUAAUUCCAUUAGCAGUUAUGAUCAUAUAUAUUGCUUACAUGUUGGCAGUAUUUUAUGUUUAUUGUUCUGUUGGCGAACAACUAAAACAUCAUAGUUCCGAAAUGGCAUAUGCAGUUUAUAGCUGUAAAUGGUAUUAUUUGCAAUCGUCGGAUGGAAAAAAUUUAUUAUUUUUAAUGCAGAGAGCCCAGAAACCAUGUUUCUUAACUGCAGGAAAAUUUUUUUCUAUUUCUUUAGAAACUUUUAAC